AUGCCUUAUGGCAAUGCUGAUGCAGCUAUUGACGGCACUUACAUUGACAAGAAAUGCCCCUUCACUGGAAAUGUGUCCAUCCGUGGCCGCAUCCUCUCUGGUGUGGUGACCAAAAUGAAGAUGCAGAGGACCAUCGUUAUCAGACGUGACUACCUGCAUUACAUCCGCAAGUACAACCGUUUUGAGAAGAGGCACAAGAACAUCUCUGUCCAUCUGUCACCUUGCUUCAGGUUCCCUUGUUUUCCCCAUCAGGCUAUUGACGGCACUUACAUUGACAAGAAAUGCCCCUUCACUGGAAAUGUGUCCAUCCGUGGCCGCAUCCUCUCUGGUGUGGUGACCAAAAUGAAGAUGCAGAGGACCAUCGUUAUCAGACGUGACUACCUGCAUUACAUCCGCAAGUACAACCGUUUUGAGAAGAGGCACAAGAACAUCUCUGUCCAUCUGUCACCUUGCUUCAGAGACGUCUCAGUUGGAGACAACGUCACCGUUGGAGAGUGCCGACCACUCAGCAAGACCGUGAGGUUCAACGUCCUCAAAGUGAUGAAGGCUGCAGGCGCCAAGAAGCAGUUCCAGAAGUUUUAGGUGUGACUGAACAGGACGGCAGCUUGUGCUGCCUGUUUCACUGUCAAAUAAAAAAAAUUGCCUUUUC